AUGCUGGACAUUAUCCCCACUCGCGACUGCCACUUUGACCCCAAUUUCUCACGUCCCUAUCCAUCCUCGAUACAUUUAUUUUGUCAAGUGUUGACCAAGGUUCUCGUUGCCACAAUCACAUUUUCAUCUAUCUAUCCAACGUCCAGAAAGCUCGUCUCGAGUUCAGCUCGGCGUCUGGUUUUGGUGUCUGGAAACAUCUUAUGUCUCAGAGCUUUAGGAGUUCACUCAACUGGUACACGCCUAUUUGGCUCUGGAGCUGUGGGCGCAGAUCGUGUCAAUCAAGGUGCAAAUGAGGGUGGUGAUCCGCCGCCACAGAUCAUCUUGGACGCCUUGCAAGAUAUUAAUAAUGAUGUAAUCCAUGAUCAGCCAGAGCAAGCGCAAGCGCCCGUGGCGAAUGAUAAUAACAGAGAGACGGGUGCUUGGCUUUACUCGCUGGUUCUUCCCCUUGCUACGCUGAUCGCCAUUGGGACGAAUAAUGCAGGUGCUCUGAGUGGUGGAAGGAUUAGUGGGGACAACUCCGAGGAACCCUCCAUCGAUUUCGAUGAACCUGAAACCGCGAAUCCAGCGAUCGGUGAUGAUGUCGCUCUCAGGACUACGAUCGCUACUCAAGUCUAA